ACCUUCAAGGAUGUGGUCUGGGACUUCUCACUGGAGGAAUGGGAAUGUCUCAAUUUUGCUCAGAGGUCAUUGUACAUGGAUGUGAUGUUGGAGAAUUACAACAAUUUAUUGUUUGUGGAAAGUCAUUGCAUAUGUGGAAAGCAUAGGAAGUUCUUGGAUCAAGACACCACGUGCAUUGUCCAUAAGCAAAUGAAUAUUCAAGAGAACUCUUCUAAAUGCAACAAACUUAGCAAUGUGAUUUCUGAAUCCCCCGAAAGUAUACCUUAUAAAGCUAACCUCAGGGAUACCUCUCAUCAAUUUUCAAACCGAAAAAGACAUAAACUUGGGAACACUAAAGAAGCUUGCAAAUACCAAGACUGUGCAAACUGUUUAAAUGUGUGUUCUAUUAUUGGUCCCAAUCAAGGAAUCCACCUGGAGAAGAAAGAACACACACGAAGUACAGAUUUUGAUAAAGUUUUUGUCUCUAAACAUAAACUCAUGGUGAAACUAAACAGUAGUGGUGUGAAAACUUACAAAUAUAGUGAAAGUGACAAAUGCUUUACCCAUCAAUCCCAUCUUAGUGUUCAUCAAGGAAUUCAUACCGGAAAGAAACCUUACAAAUGCAGUGAAAGUGACAAAUGCUUUACUGACAAAGUUAGUAUGACAAGUCAUCAGAUAAUGCAUACAGGAGAGAAACCUUACAAAUGUAGUGAAUGUGGCAAAUGCUUAACCAAAAAAUCCUAUCUUAGUAUUCGUCAGAUAACGCAUAUGGCUGACCUUUCAGGGCUGGUAGUCAUUGAAGGGUAA